AUGGCUGCCCUACUUGCGGCGCGCCUAUAUCGGUUCGUCUGCGAUGCCCUAGAGGUGCAGCUAGACUAUGUCUGCUGGUCUGACUCCUCCAUAGUCUUGCAUUGGAUAACGGGAUCUGCCACCAAGUGGAAGCCGUUCGUUGCUAACCGUGUCAAAGAGAUCAACAAGCUCACUGGCAAGGACAGGUGGCGUCAUUGCGCCGGAGACGACAACCCGGCUGAUCUUCUUACGAGAGGGAUUGCAGCCCAUCAGCUGAAGAAUCCCGACCUCUGGUGGAAGGGACCAGGAUGGCUCAGUACUCCGGAAGCAUGGCCGCAAGCGGUUCACGCAAAGCUUGCUCAUCACAACGACGAGGCGUUGGAAGCGCUGUGUGUUGAAGCACAGGUGUCGCUGGUCAUUUCCCCGGAGCAUUUUAGUGGAGCCACUAGACUUAUUAGGGUCACCGCUUGGAUUCUUCGCUACAUUCGUAAUCUGAGAUGUCCGCAAGGUAGACAGCGCGGUCCUCUCUCUGCAGAUGAGUUGAAGCAAGCGGAACGGUAUUGGAUUUCUUCUACCCAAGUCAAGUUUCUUCCGCCGACUUCCCCUAUUCUAGACAACUUCCGCUGCUUCCGCGACGACGACGGUAUUCUUCGCCUGCAGGGAAGACUGCAACUCUCUGAGCAGUCGACGGCGGUGAGGCAUACUAUACUUUUGCCACCAGCCUCCGAAGCGUGGUUUACGCGACUAGUGAUCCUGCGUGAACACGCGCGGAUGUCUCACGCUGGAGUUCAAGAAACGCUCCAUCAACUGAGGGAGGAGUUUUGGAUUGUCACAGGGAGGCAGUCUGUGAAGUUUGUUCUCCAUCACUGCUACCGUUGUCGCCGCCUAAAGACUCGUGCCUGCACAGAGGAAGAAGCGCCCUUACCAAAGGCUCGCGUCACCCAGCAGUUUCCUUUCGAGGUGGUGGGCGUUGACUUUGGCCACUUUACUAUACGGAGUCCAGCGGCGCUCAUCGGAAGUCUUACGUCGCGUUAUUCGCAUGCGCGGUUACCCGGGCAAUACACCUGGAGCUGGUGA